CGCUCUCGAGGUUCGUGGGUGUUCUCAGCCCGGAGCUGGAGAGCCUUUAAGGCUGUAUAUCAUUGACAUUUUUUUCUCUAUCGAAGUGAAAUGGUCGACACGCGAGUGAAAUGAAAAAUGUUCCAUAAAGAAGUGCAUAUUACGUAUGCGUCGGCCUGAAUGUGCCGUGUUUCUCGAACUCGAAAGAUGCUGCCGUAUAAAGCGACGACAGAGAAGGCGCCUUCGCGAAACUGUCAGGAAGAUCGUCGUCGUCGUACGUGAGUCAGUGCGCUCGGUGGAUUGAAAGAAGGCACGUACGUACAAAAUGGCUUCGGGCGACAAUGUGGACGUGAUUGAAGUGGUUGAGACAAGCUUCACUGGCCCGGUACAGGUCACAGAGGAUCAUCUCCGACCGGAACAGUACACGGACGAGGACAAUAAAUCUACAGGGGAUAAAGUGACAACACUUGACAAUUCGGUAGUGCAACAUGGCACCAUCGGGCCCAAAACCUCUUCGGGGGUAUCAAGGAACAAAUCAGAACGGGAGAGAAAGAUUGGCCAUAGAAGAGUUGGAGUGGGAGGUGAAAUUACGUACAAAAAGAUUCAAACGACACAAAUUAUGGGAUCCAUCCAGUUAGGUAUUCAACAUGCGGUUGGUGGUUUGGCCAGUAAACCAGAACGUGAUCUAUUGAUGCAAGAUUUCAUGACUGUAGAAACGACAAAUUUCCCAAGCGAAGGAUCUAAUCAUACUCCGGCUCAUCAUUUUUCCGAGUUUAAGUUCAAAAAUUACGCACCCAUUGCAUUUCGUUAUUUUCGGGAUCUCUUCGGUAUUCAACCGGACGACUUUUUGAUGUCAAUGUGUAGCGCUCCAUUACGUGAAUUAUCGAAUCCCGGAGCUAGUGGAAGUAUCUUUUAUCUAACAGAUGAUGAUGAAUUCAUCAUAAAGACUGUACAACAUAAGGAAGGAGAAUUUUUGCAGACACUUCUUCCAGGAUAUUAUAUGAAUCUAAAUCAAAAUCCAAGGACAUUAUUGCCAAAAUUCUUUGGGUUAUACUGCUAUCGGUGUAAUAGUAAAAAUGUUAGAUUAGUUGCUAUGAAUAAUCUUUUACCCUCAUCUGUGAAACUACACCAGAAGUAUGAUUUAAAAGGAUCGACAUACAAAAGAAAGGCAUCGAAAUUAGAAAGAUCUAAAAACUCUCCAACAUAUAAAGAUUUAGAUUUUAUGGAACAUCAUCCGGAAGGGAUUUUUUUGGAAGCGGAUACAUAUAAUGCUCUAGUGAAAACUAUUCAAAGAGAUUGUCGAGUUUUAGAAAGCUUUAAAAUUAUGGAUUACUCUUUGCUCGUUGGUAUUCAUAAUCUUGACCAGGCUGCAAGAGAGAAAACGCAGGAACAAAGAUUAUUAACGAGUGCAGAGGAAGAAGUUGGUGAAGUUGGAGGUGAGAGUGCAGGAUUCAUUCAAGCAGAACGAGAUGAUAGAAUAGGAGCUAGCGCUCUAAACCGAUCGCGGAGUAUAAAUCGACAAAGGUUAGUUGCGCACAGUACCGCUAUGGAAAGUAUUCAGGCUGAAAGCGAGCCCAUAGACGAAGAGGACGAUGUACCCAGUCCAGGUGGAAUUCCUGCUCGUAAUGCUCGUGGUGAACGCCUGUUACUUUUCCUUGGUAUUAUUGAUAUUUUGCAAAGUUACAGGCUCAAGAAAAAAUUGGAACAUACUUGGAAAUCGAUGAUACACGAUGGUGAUACCGUGUCAGUACAUCGACCAGGUUUUUACGCGCAACGUUUUCAAGAUUUCAUGGCGAAGACAGUAUUCAAGAAGAUACCGUCACUGGACCUGCCUGAGAUUAAGGGGAAUCAUCGCAAAUUCCGUAACCUCGUCACCAGCUACAUAGUCUUUGCUCAAACAUUGAAACAUUCCCCGUCGAAGAGAAAAAGCAUAACCAGGCCACUCAGGCCGUUGGAUGGAGAUUUCGAUUCAACUGCGGUGCCGACAACCGGAACUUCGACAAUGCAUGCUACGUCACCCACGAAAGCUGUGACCCCGACAGACCCUGCGAUCAGCACGACCAGCACGGUGAUGUCGACCAGUUCCGCGCCAAUCGCCACCUCCACCCCGGUUAACUUCGCCGCGGGCCCUGUGAGCCCGCCUCCGUUGACCUUGGCCGCCGGUCCAGGCCCCCCUCAUCAAGAGCAACCAGUGACCACCUCAGCGGCCAAGGUCACGAGCUAUCCAGCCGUCCUGAAGGGCAGGACCGCCGCCAGCCCACCGAAUCCGAAUCUGGUACCUUCCGGCAAGAUUCCACCUCCCGUUCCCCCAAGAGGCACCGGCCAAUCGAGGACCGCGAGGUCCUCCGAGGAGCACCGUGGCCCCGGAACGGCCACCUCCACGUCCUCGAUGACGUCCAGCCGAGGUGGCACCCUUCCCUCCACUUGCUCCACCCCGCCCCCGCCCUUUGACGAUGCAGUGCGCUCAAACGACCAAACCUUGGCUUCUGGUGGUCAACUUCAACACGGUGCACCGACCACAAUGUUAGCGAGCAGCCUGAGCACUGCUCAAUCGAAACAGAAUAAGGUUGUUCACCACGUCACUCUUACAAAGACUUAUCACGAUGCCGUGAGCAUAUCUGACGUGCAUUUGGAAAGCAGCGGUAGCGGAAGCGGAAGCGGCGGAAGGGAAACAAAGUCGUCGUUGAGCGUGGAAAGUGGUGGAAGCAGUCGAGGAGGUGGUGGAUUCACCUGGACACCACCCGCGGGCAGCGCCGAGGGCUCGACGCCCACCUGGACAGAGGGCACACCGUCCUUCACUGAGAGUUCCAGCAGCGGUGAUGCAGGUUGGUCGACCACACCGAUCAGGGGGCGUCAGGAUGAUGGAGGGAGGAUUGCUACCACUGUCGAGGAGGCGCUAGCCAGUCUCACUACGGAAAUGGAGAUACUGCAGCACGAGUGAAUGCAAAGCAACUCGUCGUCCCUCUAAGCUUCGUCGAUUCAGUGAGGUUUGGAUAUGGGUCUGGUGCGCCGUCGUAGCGACGAAUCUUCGAAAAAAAAAAAAAAAAAAAAAACGAAGGAAAAACGAGGGAAAACGAAAUCGUGGAAGGGAGCGUUUGAUCGCGAAUCAAGACGGAUGAUUGAGAGUCGAGGGGAUGAAUGCCGAACAAACACAACGUAAUUUAAUCAUAAUCAUUCCUUCUUAAGCAGUAUUAUCGUUACACGAUUCACAAAUAGUUUAUCAUAUUCGAUUCUGUACUUAACGAACACCUUCUGUGAGAAAUAUUCGUCUCGAUUCGCGAGUUAUCGAAAUAUUAAUCAUCCAAUGUGUGUCAAUCUCGCAUUUACUCGUACGGUAUAAAUUUAUGAUUUAAAUAGACGAGUUCUCGCGAAGCGAAUAAGGAAUCGAUGAAAAAGAAAAAUGAUUCCGAAGCUUUGGAGAUCGUCAAAGGGCCAGAAAAGCUUAUACACCGUGAUAAAACUCGGCCUACAGUAUUAGAAGAUUGUAUAAUACUCGACACUCGUUCAGGAUCCAUACAUCCAUCUUGGAAUUGGCGAAUCAUUAUUCCAAUUAUUUCUUUUUGUAUAUCGAGUCUCGUAGGCACUCGUUGAAAUUUUAAUCGACGGAUAGUUAAACGUAAUAACGUCACGUGUUUUGAUACGUAUGAAUAAUUAUAUUAAUAAUUAAAAUUUUAGUUAAUUCAAUUGUGUAUCGAUUAAUUAUAAGUGUGCACGAUUGCGAGAUUGCAGAUCGAAUAGAAAAUUCGAAUAAGAUCGUGUAAAAGUUUUGGUAAUCGAUAAUAAUAAAGAUCUCAUCCGAUUCCGAAUUUUUCCGACUCGUCUCGAGAUUUAAUUCUCGAAUCACAGAACGAUCACGCACACUUCCAAUCACAUUGUCUUCUGAUUAAUUAUCCUUUUCGAAAAGUGUUCGAAGGAAAAAGAACACGUGCCAUUAUUACGAUUAACUCGUUUUCUCGUUGCUUGUUCAUAUCUAGCACUAUGAAAUCAAAUGAUCAUCGAAUCAUUGAGCUUUACGAAUGACAUUUAGGUUAAACGCGAUGUAAGAUUAUCACGAGAAAUAUUUACUCGUAUUACCUCUUAUCAUAACUGACAAUUACCUCUUGUUACGUCAGUUAGUUAUAAACUAUUAAGAGGAAGGCGAUCGAGGGGGAUGAAAGUCGUAUAGCGAGGAGAUGAAACGAGUUCUAUACGGCCGCGAAUGAAUAUGUAAAUAAUACUUAUGAUCUAAUUAGGAGGCAGUCCUCAAUCCCGUUUUUAUUACGAUAAUAUAAUCACCGGUCGUGUAUAUGUACCUAUAUGUGUCUCACGUUUUGUCUGUCUCUUCUGUACGUAAUUAUAUAUAUACUUAUACAUAUGUACACACAUUAAAUGAAACAUGUAUACCACAUUUACACUCCUGUUCAAAAAUCUUAAGAUAUUUCUUCUAUUUUUGAUCGAAAUAAUUGGAUAAAUUUAGAUUAUAAUAUGUUGAGUUGAUAGAUUUAUACAAUAAAGGAAGUAACAAUACCAAUAUAUUUUUAAUAAAAAAUUCAUGAUUUAUAUCAAAUAUUAAAAUUUAAUUAGAAAUAGAAGAUGUCCUAAGGAUUUUGAACAGGAAUCUAUAUCGAGAUGACCGGUGAAUUCUAAGAUGAGCUUUGAGCUUUAUUUACUCGAGAUUAUUAUCAUACAGAAUAACGUUACAGAUAUUUUUUACUCGGGAAUUUAUUCUAUUUCGAAAAAUUUAAGUCUUCCAAAAUUUAUCUCGAUAAAGGAAGAUUCUCGUUUCAGAAAUAUUUUAUACAACUAAUAAAAAAACAAGAUUGGUAAAGGAAUAAAAAAGAUUACAAAUUAUUUCAAAGCUCGAAAAAGAAUUCUCUGACCACUUCGAUGCAUAUUAUAAAUAUAACAACUGCGCAAACUGUAUUAUACGUGAUACGAUAAAGGAGAGUGAUUGACGGGAAUUCCGAUGGUGUACGUAUUAUAUAUAUAUAUGAAUGAGCAAAAGUUUAUAUAUAUAUAAAUAUUACAGUAGUCGCAGAACAACAAAAGAAAAAAAAAGAAAAAGAAAAAGAAAAAAAAGAAAUUAUGUAAACGCGUUGCUAAUAAGCGUGAGAGUUAUCGUGAACGUUUUGAAAAAAAACCAAAAUGUUGUUCAAUUACACGUACAUACACGUAUUAUAAUAUAUUGUCCUCAAUGAAACGCUUUUGACAGUCGAUAUAUUGUAUUUAGGAAAACGGUGGUAAAAAAAAAAAAAAAUCUAGUCGCAUCUCGGUGAUCGGUCCAUAUUAUUUCCUUCUUUCUCCGAGAACAUUUUAUUUCGUAGCUUUAAUCGCGUCUUUCGCUCUCUACAUUUCUUUCUUUAGCUUUGUGUAAAAAAAAAAAAAUUCACUUCGUUUUUUAAGUUAGCGUAGUUGUUCUCUCCUUUUACUUUUUCUAUUUCUAUAUUGUGAUCAAUAUACUAAGCAUGUUUCGAAAUUAAUUCGAUGUGUUACUUUGUUCCCUAUUUUUCAAUCUACGAUUUAACCAUUGAAAUCCAAGGCAAGUAACAAUGAAUAAACGAGCCAUUUAACAAAUGCGUUUCGAUAAUCAUUCAGUGUAAAUUUCUUCGAAUACAAAUUGAUAUUUACACUCACAUCUCCAACGAAAAUUCUAUUAUUUCCAUUGUGAUCGAUUUUCAACGAGGAAACGUGACUCGCGCGAAACGUAGUAGGUAUAAAUACUCGAUAAGAAGCAAGGAACAAACUUACGCGUCACGUUUGCUAUGCCUUUUCGUUUCAAAGGUUGAAUCGAUGAAGAAAAGCUUUAUUCCUCCCCGUGGACAUAGAUUGAAUGGCCGAGAAAAAAAUGGAAAACAGAAGCUUGAUAAAUUCGUAGCUUUAUUAAACUCGAGAUACUCUUUCAUGGGGUACCAUCAUGGUAUUAUCAUUAUUGUUAUAAUAUAAAUAUCGUAGCUAUUAUAACGAAAGGACAGUAACAGUGUUUAUUAGCGAUCUUGAAAGUGUGAUAUUUUUUUAAUGAACAUAUCGCAUCGUACGUUCAAGUUCUGCGAGUGAUUUCAAUGCUUGCACACUUGGAGGGAUGCUUCAAGUAAUAAUUCAGGGAGGAUUAAGAUGAGAUUUAGAUCAAGAUCGAAAGAAACGCGCUUGGAGAAGAUUUCGUGCCAAUUGAAUAAAAAUAAAAUCCUAUACUUAAUCUUACGAUAAUCAUUGUAUUAAAAUUAAAUAAGAAAAAAUAUAAUAAUGUUUUCAAUAAUAUGAAAUUGGUUGC